AUGAACCAUCAUUCCGUUCAGCUUCAAGUAAAUGCAUCGAAAAACAAAUUCAUUCCCUUGUCAAUAAUGUCUCCAAAUCGAUUAUUAGAAUCAUCUGCAAAUCAAAUGCUGCAUGGAAGUCAUCGCCAUCGAACAAAUUCAGAGACGAGUCAAGUUUCCAAUGGAUCCAAUCAAUCUUUAAUGUCUUCUUCGGAGUCUUCCUCCGCUUCUUCUGAACCAUCGCAACAACUCAUUGUGUCAAAUUCUUCUUCUUUUAAAGAUGUAAAUACAACCAAUACAACAAUGAAUGGUGAUUCUUCAAUCGAAACAAAUGGUAUUAAUGACACUCUAAUUCGAAUGAAUUGUUGUCAAGGGAAUAAUUACAACCACUUGAAUAGUUCCACUCACCUUACAUCCCUUCAACCUAAUAAUAACCAUGUUACGAAGAGUCAAUAUCCCAACCAUGCGAAUGGUUUGAAUGAUUUAAAUGCCUUGAGAGAAUUAUUACAAAUGUUGAGAUUUCGAGAACAACACCCCAAUUCUCCUCUCUCACAAUUUAUUGAUCCACAACAAGUGAUGCAGAAAAUCAAAUGCAUGUUACCUUCUCUUUUGAUUCAUCAACAACAAUAUGAAUCUUUGAGUGAAAUCUCUCGUUCAAGUAAUAAUUCAAUGACUACUAUGAAUUCUCAGCAAUCUCAGAGUCAGUUCAACCUUCAUGGGAAUCACCACUGUCACAUGGCCAGUGAUGUGUCAAUGAGUGUAAAUUCAGGUCAUAAUUCACCAUCACCACCUCCUUCUCAAGGAUGUUUUCCUCUAAAGUUAGAAUUAACAGAGAGAGAUUUAUUGGAAUUUUAUCAUCUGACUACAAGUUCAAGCAUGUGA